GUUUUAAUAACGAUAAAUGUAAAAGUAUUUUGGUUAAAGCGAAAGGGUUUCUUUAAAUAAUAUUUAAUGCAAAAUUAUGAAUAUAACCAGGAGGACUGCAAAAGAAGAGCCCCCAGGAAUUUUGUAAAAGAAAAUCUUGCAAACAUCAAGAGCAUUCAACGAUUGAUGAAUAUGAAUAAUAAAGUGUCUAAAUCAAAAACGGUAAAAGGAAGUGACAAAUUUCAAAACGUUCCAAAUUGGGCACCAGAUUCCAGGGGAGAUACGUCCCAGCGCACAGAAGCACAAACGAAACCAGAAAUAACCAGAAAAGAGUUACAGGCGAAGAACAAAAACGCCGACAACUAUUCUAAACCCAAAUUAGAAGAUAAAGUACCCGAGGGAAAUCAAAAAAUUAAAAAUGAUAAUAAGAAAAACGCGCGUCAAGCAAAAGCUGGCGGUACAGGUGCCGGUACAUCCCAAAUCUUCUCCCAUCGUUCCGUGCAAACAGCCGACGAUCCAUCAAAAUUGUACGAAACGGGUGUCGUUAAGUACGCUUCUCAACAAGUAACACCCUCGAAAUCAAAAUGUAAGACAUCCAAACCUCCAAACAUGGAAGGGGAUCAAAUCGAAGUGGAUGACGAUGAAACUAAAAGAAGAGAUUACGUCAAGGAGAAUAUGUCGAAUUUAAAACCGAAGACAAUAAAACCAUCGCCUGUAAAAGUACCAUCAGAGCCUCCACCUACAUAUCAAAAAGGAGUUUUACCGAAAUACUUGCAAGACAGAAAAGCAGAAAAUGCCACAGAAGAGGAUGAUCUGUGUCCACCAGGGCAUGUCCUUCUUCCAGAGUCUGAGAGGAAAGAGACCCUUAGGGUUCUUAGGCAAAGCUACGCUGAUCGGAUUCAGGAGCUAAAUGGACUACCGGUGCGAAGCGACACUCUAAGGGUAAGAAAGAAAAAGAUGGAAAUAGAAGAAGAACUUAAGAAAAUAGAUAGCGGCAUCAAAGUGUUUCAACGGCCUAAAGUUUACGUCAAAAUUAACUCUUAGUAGUAGUUUGUAAAUAUUUUGAAAAAUCCUAUCCUAAAUUGGAUGUAAAUUAAAUGAGUCGCUUAGUAAUUAUUGUUCUUAUGUGUAUCAUUUAUAAAUUAGAUAUAAAUCAAUGUUUACUUCUU